AAACCUUUUUCUGUGAACUGGCGUCUGUAACACAGCCAGCUCGUCAGUGUCAGUUGUCAGCGCCUCCCACUACAGCUCCGAGCGAGGAAUUAAGAGGCCAAAUUUGUGCCACGGUGUAAAGUUAGUGAUAAACCAACAGAAGCAAACUGAUAUAAACUAACAGAAAGGAUCACACAGCCUGUGCAGCAUGUCAGAGAAGGAACAAGUCUUUCAGAAUGCACUGACGUUCAUCAUAUAGCUGGAUUGUCUGCAUAUCAGAUAGAGGGACUGCAAUUGAAAACAUGCAGAAGUCACAACAGACUCACACUUCGCCAGGAAGUGUCUGCUCCAACCGUCCAAUGAGUGCCCCUGGAUCGCCAGGCUCAACAAUAUGUGCGAAAAUGGAUAACCAGGUGCUGCCCUACAAGGAGUUGGCUGCAAUCCCUAAAGACAAGGCAAUACUGGAGAUUGAACGGCCAGACCUAAUGAUCUACGAACCACAUUACAGCUACUUCUGUGCAGAAAGACCAGAGCCACAGGGAUCUGCUGAGCACUCAGCAUCUGGACAAAAGGGUGGCUCCUGUGGAGAGAGGUUCAGAGGAUGGACAGUGCUCCUGGGACUGCCUUUGCGCUCACAGUCACCACGCCCAAUGUCUCCUCUCACCUAUCCUGAGUAUGUGAUCUAUAAAGAGAGCCGGGAAUGGGCAGACGAGAAAUCUCCGGGAUCCUCCGUGGGAUCGGCCUGCGGUCGCCGUAGCUACCCAUCUACUGGGAGCCUCCCGCACCACUUCCACAGGCCGGAUAUCGGCACCAAUAUGUACAGGAAACGUCCCAUCUACAAGCAGAAUGAACCAUCGACUGUGAUUCCACAGAGUAAAUAUAUCGAGGAUCUCAUCAUUGAAUCGUCCAAGUUCCCAGCCGCUCAGCCUCCGGACCCCAAUCUUCCGGCUAAGAUAGAGACAGAAUAUUGGCCUUGUCCUCCCUCACUUGCUGUCAUGGAGAAAGAAUGGAGAAGAAGAAUCACUUCAAAAGAGGACGAUGAGGAUGAUGAGGAGGAUGAUGAUGAGACUGAUGGAAUGAGACAACUGCGUGAGAUUCAGAGAAAGGAACUGAACAAGAUCCAGUCUGGACUGGGAAAGUUAAUCUUGAAGGAAGAGUUGGAGAAAUCGAAACCACGAGGGAGGAAAUCUCGUUCACUUCCAGACAGAACAACCAGGAGUUUCUCCCCACAACAGUCAGCCUGUAAAUCACCCUCACUCCCCACUCAUGGGAGAAAUAGCCUCUACAGGCUGCAGUCUGCUGACUUCACAGCUCACAGACAGGAGAAAAGAAGCAGUGCAGAUAUUCAGAAUGGCGACACGCAGACAGGGAGGAUGGACAGAGGCACGUCCUUACCCGCCAUGUUGGAGGAGAAGAUUUACCCAUAUGAAAUGCUGAAGGGAACCAACAGCAGGAGCAUUAACCUGCCUCAGGGAGUGGACAGGCCCCGGCUGGAGAGACAUUUGUCCCCUGAGGAAUUCCAGGAGGUUUUUGGAAUGACAAUUAAGGAGUUUGAUAAGCUGCCUCAGUGGAGGAGGAGUGAAUUGAAGAAGAAAGCUUGCCUCUUUUAAGCUGCAGCAACUUUGUGACAGAGAAUCCUUCGAGAGAUUCCUCUUCCGUUGACUGACUCGCUCCCUGCUGGAUGUUGUUGCUCCUACAAUGUAACACUCACAUGACAACUUUAAUAUUUUUCGUCUCUGUUUUCCUUUUUGCACUUUGAUUUUUUUUUUGAGAUCUGUCCUUUAAAUCCAGGAGUGGGACUCAGGUGAUCACAUGGCAGUGUUUUGGUUUGGAUUGGCUGUCCUGAUUGAUCCCUCCUAACCACAAGCCAAAAGUGCUACCACUGAACUGCUUCAGCGACCUGCAUACAGAUAACUCCACCUUUGUCCCACCAGUCACUGAAGUCCUAGUCGUGGAGCAGUUUUGGUGUGUGAUUCAGCCCUCGACAGAAACAUCUUCAAUGCACCGCAGCUGCCACCACAGCCUUCCUGGUAGAACAGGCUCUCGAGGGGCUGAAUGGCCUGUUCAUGGUCACUUAAGUUGGCUGGAUUGCAUUCGUUCUCUUCAGAGACACCCUGCUCAAGUUCUGCAUUGUCGACCACAGACCGAGAACAAAUCAGUUCUUUUCAACGCCUUUUGCUUUCUUUGUCAAAUAACUCAAGAACAUGAAACUGGAAACCGGAAAUUUUUCAUUUAGAUGUGGCCAGAUGUGAGGUGGGAAAUCCUGGAAUUAAGGAGUCCAGACACUUUUCAAGUUUCGUGUAUCCUGCAUCGUUGACAAAUCCACUCUCCGCACCCAUAGACUAAUUCAAAGGACCAAAGAAUGUCCAAUCUGGAUACUGGAGAGGGAGGCAUAAAUUCACUGAGAUGCUAAAAAUAAUCUAUAUUUAAAAGAAAAUACCUAUUUAUUCUCACUGCCAUUAUUCUCAUUCCUGGGGAGGAUGAACCAUGGUCAGUUGUUGCUCUCUCUGUGACUAGUGGACUGGGGGUGCACUAGUUACGCCUGUGCUUUCUCUUGCCCUUGGAACCACAGGGACUGCUAGAGUUUGAGAAUCUGUCGCUUCCCCCCCUCCUUCUAUAGCUCGUACCUACAAAAAGUGAAGCAAGCUCGCCUCCAGCCAUUGAGGUUUGAGGUAUCAUGGUCUGCACUGCUCCUGCUAUUCACAUGGUCAGUGCACAAUGUGACACCCGUCCAAUUCAACGGACAAGGUGCACACCAUGUGUACACAGCCGUCUGAAUCCUCUCCCAGAACUUGCCGUGGUUUCCCAGCUUUGGCUCAAGAACAGUAACAAAUCCUCAGGGUGACGGUGAAUGAUUUCCCAAGCUUCUUAUUACAAAGUUAGGGCCCAUAUAUUUGCACCUUACAAAUUAGGUACAAAGCCCAAAGCAACAAGCCCCACCCCCUCAAAACUGCCUUGUAAUCAUCCCCUGAGUAUCUGUUAUAUUUCUUGUGCGUAAAAUAAAUAUAGAAUCUUUUA